CGUUACCCCCUAUAAUGUCGUUGUAUCAUAAUCUUUGUGUACCCCAUUAUUAUCACUUGUGCAAACGUGACAUAUAAAUGUUGGCAUUUUAAACGGAUUUUGGGAUAUUUGUUGAAUUGUGAUGUGUUUGGAAAUAUUGGGUUUAUGUAAAUAAAUGAACUACGUACACGAUUUUACAUUAUAAAUCCUCAAAAUGGUUAUAUUUUUAAGAAGAGAGGCUAAAUUACCUGAACCUGGAGGUAGAGGUGGUGCAAGAACUAUCCCAGAUCACAACAUCCGGGCACUAUUCGUAUUCCCGUACCGGAUGUGGAGUAAACUUCCUCCCCUGCAGACUUCCGCUCCGCUGCAACAUCCGGUCAAACACGUGAUCGCCUCCUGGACAAACACUCAGGAGUGUUGGUCGGAGUGGGAGUGUGUAACGGAGAUGUGGAAGAUCCAGAAGUCCUACAGGGAAAGAGGCAUGGAGAUCCCGUACAAUUUUAUAGUGGGCGGAGACAGCAACAUAUACGAGUGCCGAGGGUGGAACGCCCAACCAGAGAAGUGUGAGAGAUAUCCAGAUUUGGAGGGAGCAAGCUUGGAGAUUGCCCAUAUUGGCUGGAAAUGUGAGGAUGAACGAGACCCAUACACUGGAAUGUGUCAUCAAGCCUGGUUGCUAUUGGAGUCUGGUAUAGCUAAAGGACACCUGGAUAAGGACCUGGACUUCAAACCAGACUACGACCCCCUCUUUGGGACCCCUUGGGGAAAGCUGGGCCCCGAAGAGUACGAGAGGUCACGAGAGGACGAAGAAGAAGAAAUAAGGGAGUACAUGAAAGAAGCCAAAGACGAAUUUUUAGACGACACAGUUGACGCGAAGUUCGUGUAACAAUUUG